AUGGCCGACACCAGAAAGAGGACGGAUGGUCCGACAGUUGAAACCGAUUCAGCAUGGGACUUUACAGCACUCCCCGACUACGACGACGACUUUUACGAUCCCGACGAUAUCCUAGCAUUUGCCUCAGCACUAUCGGCACCCGAGCCAUCGCCGUCCGAGGAGGACUUACUCAAUCCUAAGAAGAAACAGGAAACAGAAUUCAUUACAGCACUCAACGACUGGCGACCUAUUCAUCAGAAAGUCCGUGGCCAGCAGAAACCAAAUGGAGCUACACAUACCAGCACGAAAGCCAAGCGGAAACGAAAGCAGAAGCGUGGAAGAGAUGAAACCCGGGAAGGAUGGACAUACAGUAUUGUCAAGUAUCCAUUCCUGCUCGUGGUACUAGGCUGGAUUAUAUGCUUGGGUGUCACAUACUUCGCAACCAGGCUGUACAUCUAUUUCUAUGAACAGAAAAUUACAUGGCGAGGGAGGAGAAAUCGACUGCGGAAGCAACUAAGGCAGCAGACGAGCUAUCAGGACUGGAUUCAAUCCGCCAAGGCGCUGGACAAGUACUUGGGUAGUGACAGGUGGAAGGAGGACGAUGACUAUGCCUACUAUGACUCGAGAACUGUUCGCAGAGUGAAGGAGCAAAUGACAGACUUACGGCACAAGGCCAUGGGCGAGGAGGCAGGGGCGGGGAGUGAUAUGGAAGGGCACCGGCCUGUGGACGAGCUCCGAGUACUGGCUGAGGCUUGUGUAAAGAACAACUUUGCUGGUACCGAGAACACGAGAUUGUACUCUGAGACGUAUUAUGGUACGAAGGACUUGGUACAAGACUAUGUUGAAGAGGUCGCCACCAGCCUGAAGUUCUUGCUCAAUAGCCAGCAUCUGACACUGGAAGACAAGCGCGCACUCGCCAAGCACCUAAGCACAAACUUCGGUCGCACGGCGUUAUGCCUCAGCGGUGGCGCAUCAUUCGCGUACUACCACUUCGGUCUUGCAAAAGCUUUGUUGGACGCCGACUUGCUGCCUAACAUUAUUACGGGCACAUCUGGUGGAGCGCUGGUGGCAGCUUUGCUAUGUACGCGGACUGACGAGGAGCUGAAGAAGCUGCUGGUACCAGCCCUGGCUGGUCGUAUAAGUGCUUGCAGCGAACCUAUAACCACAUGGCUGCCACGGUGGUGGCGUACUGGUGCACGUUUCGACAGUGUGGACUGGGCAAGGCGUUGCUCGUGGUUCUGUCACGGCUCGCUAACAUUCCUCGAAGCAUAUGAAAGGACGGGCAGGAUCCUGAAUGUCAGCUGCGUACCUUCCGAUCCACACUCACCGACCAUCCUCGCAAAUUACUUGACAGCCCCAGACUGUGUCAUCUGGUCGGCCGUUCUCGCAUCUGCAGCUGUGCCUGGCAUCCUCAACCCCGUCGUGCUCAUGCGCAAGAACAGAGAUGGUAGACUUGGACCUUACAGCUUCGGACACAAGUGGAAGGACGGCAGUCUACGCACAGACAUCCCAUUGAAGAGCCUCAAUUUGCAUUUCAACGUCAAUUUCUCCAUCGUCAGCCAAGUCAACCCACACAUCAACCUCUUCUUUUUCUCGUCUCGAGGUACGGUCGGCCGACCUGUCACGCAUCGCCGUGGCCGAGGUUGGCGAGGUGGCUUUCUUGGGAGCGCGAUCGAACAGUACCUCAAGUUAGACCUCAACAAAUGGCUAAAAGUGCUCCGCCAUCUCGAGCUCCUUCCUCAACCACUUGGUCAGAAUUGGUCAGAGAUCUGGCUCCAGCGCUUCAGUGGCACCAUCACCAUCUGGCCUCGAACACGAGCAAGCGACUUCUGGUAUAUCCUUUCGGAUCCUGCCAUGAGUCGACUGGCUCAUAUGAUACACUACGGCCAGCUGGCAGCGUGGCCGAAGCUGAAAUUCAUCAGUAACCGCAUGGCUAUCGAGAAAGUCAUUGAGGACGCUAGGGAAAGCACGAGACCGGCUACUCAAGCUCUACCCACGCCUAUGCCAGACGACCGCACUGUCCGGAACGUGCUUUCUGCGGAGGAUAUGCAGACUCUGUUUGCCCGGGCGAACGAUACGCAUGCAGCGGUGGAAGUGCCAACAGAGAUGUAUACCCCACGCAAGGAGCGAUCGCAAUCGCGCCACUUGCACCCUGAUCGUGCAGAAUCUCCUAGCUUACGUCACCGCUUUGGCAUCUGGUUCCGGCAACCGAGUCCACGAAGCAGUCAAGAGACUGUGCGACCUUCGCUUGCUGAGCUCAGGCGUGCGCAUAGUGAACAUCGUCGCGAAAGCGUCAUCGAAGAGCUACGCAGACAAAGCGGUGUCUUCUGGGAUGAUCCCGAGGCUGAUGCGACGGCGAGUGAUACUGAUGCUGAUGGUCACACAACGGAUGAGGAAGCGCUGCAGGAUGAUGAUGGUGACGAGCGCCAUGUUGGUGGUUCGCAGGUCGACGGGAGUGGCUCAUUGAGCGAGACUAGAGGUCGCGAGCAACGCGGUCCUGGGUACGUAUGA